AUGGCCUAUAAAUUCGUAACCCUCACCCCUUCGCAAAUCGACCAACGGCGCCACCAACUCGACCUGGCCGGCUGGCAUGCCUGGCUCAGUCCGGUCAUCUUACUCUUGUCCAUCUACAUCUACCGGCAGAUCCUGUCGCCUUUCAUCAUCGGGCCCCUGGCGGAUUACUCUCGUUAUUCGACCACGACGUCGGGCGGCGGUAGUACUACAUGUAGAUAUUUGGGGAACCUGCUCCACCGAGUAUCAUGGACACUCCAAAGCACGUACAUUCGCGAAUUCGGCCCGCUGUCCGUCCAGAUGGUUGGAGCCAUGUACUUGGCGUGGCUGCUGUAUCUGGUCUUCCGCGACACGGGGGAGGAUUACAUGCAUCUGACCAAGGCGUUCGGGCAUGUCGCCGUCAGCCAGCUGCCCUGGCACUAUUUGCUCAGUGUGAAGUCGGGAUCCGGGGCAGCAGCGAGGAGUAGCUUUCCGGGAGGUUUGGUUGGUCUGGUUGGUGUGGCGACCGGGUUGAGUCACGAGAGGGUCAACGCGUAUCAUCGAUUGCUGGGACGCAUGGUGCAUGGACUGCUGGGCGUGCAUGCGGUCAUGUACAUUCGCUUCUUUGUGGGUAUGGGGGUGAUGGAGAAGAGGAUCCGGGAUCGCGAUGUGAGGCUCGGGUUGGCUGCGUUUUGGACGGUGAAUCUCUUGGGAUUGUUGAGUUUGCCCGUCGUCAGGAGGAGGGUGUAUUAUAGGGGAUUCUAUCGGAGUCAUGUCGUGCUGAGUGCCGUGCUGCCGGUGUUGGUGUACUGGCAUGUCCCGUACAAGAGUGUAAGGUGGUUUGCCGUGCAGGUGGGCGUGAUCUGGCUGGUUGCCGGGUUGAUGAGAUGGAAGGCAAGUGAGACGGCCAUUGUCAGGUGUGAGGAGGUGGAGGGGACGGACGGGCAGUUGGUGAGGGUGAAGCUGGGCGUGAGUAAGGAGAGCGCGCUGGCGAGAGGGAAGCCGGGCCAGCAUGUUUAUGUUCACCGGGGUAGUGGGAGUGGGAGGGCGUUGGAAGUCAAGGCGAAGAAUCCUUUUACAAUUGUGCGUGUAAGGGACGCAGCAGGGGAUGGGAAAGAGGGCAUGGAAGUGCUUCUUGUGGUUAGAAAUCUCGGGGGUCCAGGGACGGAUUGGACCGCGGAGAUGGCGAGAACGGAAGAGACUGCGGAGGUGAGGGUUGAAGGGCCGUACGGUGAAGCUGGUGAGUAUAUGGAGGAUAUGUUGAGUGCGUCCGCGCGUGAGGCAGUAUUGCUUGUUGCUGGUGGCGUGGGUGCGACGUAUACAAUUCCGAUCUACAUGGCGCUCUUUGACUCUGGGCGGCAGAGUGACGGAAAACGGAAGAAGCUCAAGAUGAUAUGGCUGGUGAGAACGCUGGCUGAUGCGGCGUGGGGAAUUGAGAUUCUGCAAAGUCGAAACGGUGAUGUGGAGGUUGAUGUCGCUGUGUUCAUUACAGGCCUCGAUGGCAUGGUACAGGGUGACAGAGAGAAGCUUUCGGCGGCCGCCAUACCUGGGUUGAAGAUUCAUGCGCUUGGAAGGAGGCCAGACAUCAACCCCGUGAUUGACAGCUUCUUUGAGACCAGUGCAGCAUCAGCUGUGAAUGAGUUGCGAAGUGAGAGGCCGACCGGCGCGGCCGACGAGGUCGCAGUCUUCGUCUGCGGGCCACCAUCGCUGUCAAAUGAUGUGAGAAAGGUGGUAGGGAGGCAUGUAAUCGAGAAAGGCAGAAGAGUGAGGUGGAUGGAGGAGGUCUUUGGUUUUGGCGGGAGUUAA